AUGAGACAAACAACACGUCACAAUCGUAACGGUUUUCAUUGUUUUAUAAACAUGCACAAUGCAUUAACUAAUCAUUCGAAAUCCUCGAUAGCGACAAUAAUAACAACGACGACGACGACAACAAACAAUCCUAUGUGUCAAAUCGCUACGAUACAAAGUAGUGAAUAUAACGAAACAAUAAAGAUGUCUCCAAAUGAUAGUACAAUGGCGAGUAACAGUACUAAUCAUCAUCAUCAUCAUCAUCAUUUCGACGAUGAUCGGAACUACUUCAUGGAUACGAAUUCGGCGAAUACAAAAUAUUUCGUCGAUAUCUAUACAGCCGCAUUACAUCUAAGACAACGAAUGCGAGAAGAAAACUUAAUCCAUCGUUCAUAUUCAGCUUAUUUGAAUGAUGAAAACAGUCCGCGUUCGUUAUUUCAUAAUUGUUUUCAUUCGUCUGAAACGAUCGAUUGGCUUAUUAAACAACAAUUAUGUAAAACGAUCGACGAUGGCUUAGAGAUCUUUCAAGUUCUCGAAAAACUCAAAAUUAUUCAUCAUGUUUGUGAUCUAAAUGAAUUUGAAUAUCCAUCAUCGAAUUCAAUGUCACAUAAUAAUGUGAAGUAUCUCUAUCGAUUCCGUCUUGACGACGGCACAGCAGAUCAAAAUCGUUCAUUUCAACAAUUCGCCUCGAUCUAUGAAACUUAUACAAGUUUAUUUACGCUCGAUAAAAGUCAAUGCCGUGGUGUAGAUUUACAACAACAGAUUCCAUUAACCAAUCCCUACGAUGAGCAACCGGGCAUUGUUCUUAAAGGUGAUAAUUUAGCACGGAUGCUUGCAUUACGUAGUAAUGCAAAUAUGCAAAAUGUUGAACGUCUUGCUGAUAAUAUGAUUAUGUAUGGUCUGAUUCGAUUUGAUGAAUGUGACCACCAAACGGACUGUUGUUGUUGUUGUUGUUCAAACAAAUUUCAUAAUGAUAAUAACCAUCAAUAUGUUCUCAGUAAUUCUCAUCGUUUAUUAGCCAAUAAACGUUUGGAUCUAAUUGCAUUAAUGCAAAAUGAUAUACUAUUAUCACCACCAACUCAUCAUUCACCACCAUUAACCCGAAAUCAAUCGAGUACAUUCGUGAGUGCAUCAUGUCCGGAUCGUUCAUCAACAAUAUCUCAAUUUCCAACGAAUAUAUCUCUAAAUCGAGCUCAAAGUAAUUACCAAUGUAAUGAUUCCUCAAGCAAACUGUCACCAUCAUUACCGGCAAGCAACUGUUGCCAUCAGUAUUGUUCUCGUGCAUCACCUUCAGCACAAGCAUUUGUUUCACCAUCAUCAUUACUGCAACAACAGAACGGACGACGACAUCAGAUCUCUGCAGCGACGAGUAGUAAUAGUUCAUUAAUCGAUGAUGAACAACAACAAUCGAGUCGAAAAGUUUCUAAUGGAGAUGAAACAGAUUACACAACUAAGUUAACAUGUACAGUGCCGACUACUAAUGAAGGAUUCCGACGGAAGAAAUCUGCUAGUUUGAAUUCACCAGCAAAUUCUGAAAAUCGACCGACAGCUGAUGAACUCGAAAGAUUAGAACUUCCAUGGCAUUGGAAGAGUUAUUCACUUAAACGUGAUCGGCGUGGCUAUGGAUUAAUACUUCAAGGUCAAGGACCGUGUUAUAUUGAAAGACUUGAUCCAUACGGUUCAGCAUACACAUCAGGAAUUCGAAUCAAUGAAUAUAUAUAUGCAAUCGAAGGUGUCAACGUACUACGGCGAUCAGGAAAAGAAGUUGAACGUCUACUAUCAAUGUUUGACAAAUGUACCAUAUAUACUGUAUAUAAUCGUGAUGACUAUUCUCAAAUCUCGACUCCGCCUAAUGAAUUGAAUAUCAAUCGAAUCUAUCCGUGGAAACAACCAGCGUCAUUAUCAUCAUCGUUAAAUGAUUACAAUAAUAAUAGUACAAAUAUCCUACUAACAACAAUAAAUAAUUAUUCGUUAAAUCAACCGCAAAUUCCAUUUUCAUCAUCUCCACAACAUCGACAAAAUCCUUCGCCGUCAUCGUCAGUCGAUGGAACGUCGUCAUGUUCGAUAUCACCGAAACCAUUCACAAGUGCGACGGCGACGACGACGUCGAAAAGAGUAUCACUAGCAAAACAUUUCAAUAUCUUUCGAUUGAACUCUCGUUCGGCUUCGAAUUCAUCAACUAAUACCUUGAAAUAG